AUGCUGGCUGCUUGCACCGUGGGCCCGGGUACGGUGGUGACUUGUGCGCGGGCCGGCGCUGAGUAUCAGCUGCACUUCGUCUGGGCCCUGCUUUUUGCUUCGUUCCUCGCGUUCACACUCCAGGAGGGCUCUGCGCGUCUUACGAUCGUCUCGGGCAAAACGCUGGGGCAAUGCCUUCAGGAGAAGUACGGGCAGGUGCUCCCGAAGCUCGGCCUUAGUGGUCCAGUGCCCAGGUUUUGUGGGGCGUUGGCACUGGCCGUGUACUUUGGCAACUUGUUGUACGAGUGCAACAAUUUCGCGGGUGGCAUCGAUGCCCUCUUCUCCUUCCCAGGAGUGAAGCAGAUGCCUUCCGAACUGCUGCGAAUCGGGGGCUGCUUUGCAUAUGCUUUUGCUGUGCUAGGCAUCUUGUACCUUGACAAAGCAGAUGCAGUCGGAGUCGGGCUGGGCAUCACCAUGAUGGGCAUGGUGGCGCUGUUCCUGGUGGUAGCAGUCACUGUGGGCUGCUCGUGGCGCGGCCUUUUACUCGGUUCUCUUCCAUCGCUGCCGCACCGAUCACCCCUACCGCAAGCUGCGGCACCGUGUGACACAGCACUGAGUUUGGUGGGCACCACUGCGAUAGGCAUGAACGUCUUCCUUAGUGGUGCCAUGGCACGGCAGAAGACGCUGGUGGAGUGCCGGCGGGGCAUUGCAUUCUCGUGUCUAUCAGCUCUGGUCGUUUCCGUCUUGAUCCUGAUCGUUGCUGCAAGCGUGUUCAAAGCGGAGGGUCGAGCUACUGGUCGGUUGAACAUGGAGUUCAACAUUGUCGAUCUGGCUAAAUCCAUCAACGGAUAUUUUGGAGCGGCAGGCACGACGCUAUUUGCCCUUGGUUUUGUGUCCGCUGCUCUAAGUUCGAUGCUGACGGUCGUCAUCGGAGCUGCGCUGGCCUUCGAGGGGCUCCUCCUGCAGCCGCUUCGGGACGCCGAGGGCAAGUUGGUGGAACCUCGCUUAUCCCAGAGGAGCUAUUGGUGGAUUGCCUUCAGCAAUGUUUCCGUGGCUGCUUUCACCAUCUUGGUGAAUCUUCCUCGGCCCACCAUCAUCCUGGUGGCGCAGUUAUUCAAUGGAAUUCUGCUGCCCUUCUACUGUGUCUCUCUGCUGCUGUGCCUUACGGACAAGAAGUUCAUGGGUGACGCCCCGCAGAGCAUCUUUGCCAACGUGUGUUUGUACACAUCAGUGACAGUAGCAUUCAUCCUGGCCUGGCGAGUGGUGGUCCAGAAGUCAGCUCUGCUGCUCUUUCUGGCCACAGGUGUUCGCUUUCUAGACACGGCUACAUCGGUGCUCCUCGUGGCCACGUGCCUGGCAGUGCUGUCUAUGCUGGCAGUCGGACGAUAUGCGCACAUCAGCGGCCGAACGGCCAAGUGCUACGAUUCCUCUGACGAAGGAUCCAUUUCGAGCACGUCCAUUGGGCAUUCGUCCGCGGAGUCCGAGCCAGAACAUCUCGCGGCCUUCGCGGGGAAAGACUCGCGCAUGAGCCAAGCCUGA